AUGCAUAAGAACAUAUCUCCCUCGGAAUACUGGAUUGGGGGCCUCGAGAAAUCAGAAGUCGGCCUGAAGAUUGAUCCUGUCUCAAAACGGGCAACUUUCAUGGUGAAUCAGGUUGCUGCAAAUCAGAACCAGGCCAUGUACAAGGAUGUGAUCAAAUAUGUCAACAAUAAAGAGGAUUUGGGAGAUGAUGAAAGCGAAGGUAUCAGAGCAAGCUUCACGGUUGGCCAUGUUGGCAUCUAUAGGGUGGACGGUGGCGACGAGUUUAAGCCGUGGAAGUCUAAUGAGGAUGGGGUCAUACGACGAAUUUGA